AUGAAGUUCCUCUCUAUCGCUGCGGCAGCAGCCAGCGCAGGUAUGCUGCUGCUGAGCGGCGACGUUGGAGCCGCCAACACCCUAGCCGUCGCUGCUGGUCCCAGGCCCCUCCAGGGCCCUGCCACUCCCCCCAACGCUCCCCCAACCCUCAAGAACAGCCGUGAGAAGGUUGCCAAGUUCGAGAAGGUCAACUACCUUCCCCGUGGUUACAUUGUCGAGCUUGGGGCCUCUUCCGCCAAGUCCGGCAAGCGUGACAACCCCCAUGCCGAGAUCCACAACCACCUGGCCAAGCGUGCCAAGGGCUCUUACAAGACUCGUUACGAGUACAACGACCCCGAGACCUUCGUGGGUAUGUCGGUCGUCCUCGACAGCGAGGAUGACUACGAGUCGCUCGCUUCCGCUCCUGGUGUCAUAAGGGUCUUCCGCACCACCCUUCACACCGUUCCCGCUUACGAGCCUAUCAAGGUCUCGGCUGAUUUUGUCAAGGCUGCCACCGGCAAGGAUGCUGCUGCCGCCAGCCCUGCCGCCGGUAGCAAGAGACGUCGUCAUGAGCCCAAGAACGCCGAGCCUGGCACUGGCUACGUCGACAAAUUUUCGCCUCACCUUAUGACUGGUGUCGACAAGAUCCAUGCCAAGGGCUUCCUCGGUAAGGGUCAAGUCGUUGGCAUCAUCGACACUGGUGUCGACUACACUCACCCUGGUCUCGGUGGUAAGCCUGGCAACAAGCCUUGCUUCGGCCCUGGCUGCCUCGUUGAGGGUGGUUACGCCUUUGUUGACGAUGCUUUCAAUGGCACCAACACUCCUGUUGCCUCUCCUGAUCCCUUCGACUGCAACGGUCACGGCACUCACGUUGCUGGUACCGUUGCUGCUAACGACACUGCUCUCGGCUUCACCGGUGUUGCUCCUCACGCCAAGAUUCGCGCCUACAGGGUCUUUGGUUGCACUGGUAGCACUCCUGACGACAUCAUCAUUGCUGCUCUUCAAAGGGCAUAUUUUGACGGCUGUGACGUUCUCAGUCUCUCGCUCGGUGGACCUGGUGGCUGGAGCGAGGCUCCCUCGUCUGCUGUCGCUGCCCGAAUCGCUAGUCUCGGUACUCCUCUUGCUAUUGCUCAGUCCAACUCUGGUUCCUACGGAAUGUCGUACGCCUCCUCGCCUGCUUCUGGUGACAACGUCAUGAGCGUUGGUUCCGUUCAGAACGCCGUGCUCACUGGGAUCAGCGCCGACAUUGUCCCCAACAACCUUAGCCGCAAGCAGGUCACCUACCUCAAAGGUUCUCCCUUCACCUUCGCUGAUGGUCAGUCCAAGACGCUCGAGGUCUACCCCACCUCGAACAACCUUACUGUCACCGACGAUGCCUGCUCGCCUCUCCCUGACUCAACACCCGACCUCUCAAACAAGGUUGUCCUUGUUGGCCGAGGUACCUGCCUUUUCGCCACCAAGUUUGCCAACAUCAACGCUAAGGGUGGCAAGUACGUCCUCGUCUACAACUCGCUUUCCUCGAUCACCUACGUCGAGACCGAUGUUGAGGGCCAGCAGGCUGCUUCCAUGACUCGUGACGACGGUCUCUUUCUCAAACAGCAGUUCAACAACGGUGUCAAGCUUUCUCUCGACUUCAGCAACACGCAGCUCGCUACCAUUCCUGACUCUGACACCGGUGGUCUCAUGAGCUCCUUCUCCACCUACGGCCCUACCUACGAGAACCGACUUGACUCGCCCACUACCUCUGCUCCCGGAGGUAACAUCCUUAGUACCUACCCUAUUUCCAAGGGUGCUUACGCCAUUCUCUCUGGUACUUCGAUGGCUACUCCCUUCAUGUCUGGUUCCAUCGCCGUCUUCCAGUCUGCUCGUGGUAGGAUGUCUCCCGAGACGCUCAACAGCAUCUUCUCCAACACUGCUAGCCCGCUAAAGAACGCCACUGGUAACAACACUCUCUACGAGACUGUCGCCAAGCAGGGUACUGGUCUCGUUGACAUCAACAAGGCUCUCUACCAACAGAUCGCCCUCAGCCCCUCGGUCAUCGAGCUCAACGACACCAAGUUCUUCAAGGGAUCUCAGACCAUCACUGUCAAGAACCUUGGCAACAAGCCUCUUGGCUACACCCUCUCCCACAUCCCUGUCGGUACUGCUCAGUCGCAGGAGGAUGACUCGAUCUUCUUCAACCCGGGCCCUGUCCCCCUCAGCGCCAACUACGCCAGCGUCCGAUUCAGCAAGGCCAACAUUGUCGUUCCUCCGAAGGGCACUGCCAAGUUCACUGCUACCUUCACUCCUCCUGAGAAUGUCCGCACCGACAAGCUUCCCUUCUACUCUGGUUUCAUCCACCUCGAGCCUCAGUCGUCUCAUUACAGUGCUGCCAACAUUGCUUACGGUGGUUUCAAGGCUGACACUUCCAAGACUCAGAUCUUGGACAACACUUCUGAGCUAUUCGAUGUUGCUCUUCCCGUCCUCACCUCCGCUGAUGGCGACACCUUCAUUGACAACGACAACACCACCUACAGCUUGAGCAACGUUAACGCAUGGCCUCAGCUCGUCUACCGCCUCAACUACGGUACCCCUUACCUCCAGAUCGAUGUUGUCAACGCCACCACUGAAUUCCAGCCCACUUACAACGUUGACGGUUCCUUCAACACCAAGACUUCCGCCGCUGCCAACCACAGACGCUUUGUUCACCACCGUCGCCAGCUCAACGGUCAGAAAUCCACCCAGCCCGAACCUAUUCCUGGUGCUCCCAAGCCCAAGCCCGGUCCUGGUGGUCCCGAUAACCCCGGCGAUCCCAAGGGUCCCGGUCCCAAGCCUGUCCACCCACCUACUGGUGGUGCUGGCUCUCAGUUCGCCGACGUCAAGGCCGUCGGAAUGCUCGCCAACGGCUAUUACAGCGGAAGGAACAGUGAUACCGGUCAGCUUGCCGACUACUCGUACAAUGUUCAGCUUAUCACUCCCAAGCUGGCUAUGCCCCAGAACGGAAGCACCACGCUCACCCCCGGUACUUACAAGGUUCUCCUUCGUGCUCAGCGUGUUCUCACCGAAGGAAAGCUCGAGAGCGACUACGAGUCGUACCUCUCGCACGCCUUUACCAUCACUGCCUGA